AUGUCGGGCCGUCUUAGCAAAUCGACCAUUCAAAUAAUUCCGCAUUCCGAGCCUAGAUCUGAGGAUUCGCGAGAGAGAAAGUUUGAGAGUUUGAGAAAAGAUACCGAUGACAAGGGUGAUGAGAAACGCAGUUCGGGGAAAGCAUAUGUGGUUAAUCCUAGAGAGUCAGGAAAGGAUAAUGCCAGGGAUGGUAGGAGAAGUUUUGAGAAGAAGACUCACGAGGAUGAGCGGAGAAAGUGCGCCAGAUGUGGUCGGACUGGACAUACGACUCGCGAGUGCUAUGCUAAGAGCACGUUGGAUGGAGUUACGCUCGAGGGAUGCUACGAGUGUGGUGGAUCUAGCCGCGCGGCUACCGCGUCGCAAGAUAAAGGUACUCUUCGAUUUCGGCAGAGUAACCUGGAAGAUUAUGUUGUUGCGUGUGAUUCACUGGAGGGUUUGUCCCGUAUAGGUGAGAAGAAAACCAGCGCAGCUGGUUCAAAUAGUUCUGGAAGCACGGGAUCUCGGAUCCCUGAAGCUGGCAUGACCCCUUCAUCGAUUACCUUGGAUGAAAAGGAAGAAGAAGAAGAACAUGAGGAGGAAGCUGCUGCCAAGUUGGUGAGCAGAAAAAGAUCUAGGGAGGAGGCUGCUGCUGGCGCUAAAGCGGCGGAAAAGAAUGUUGGCUCGGCUUUAAAGAAGACCCCUGAGAAAACUAAGGGUGUUGAGUGGAAGGACCCAAAGGAGCCAGUGCCGAAGAAGACGGAGUUUAUCAUCCUACCCCCCAAGACAACUGAGAGGGAGGUUGAGAAGCCUACGGGUGGUCUAACCCUUGAGAAGGAGAAACCGAAACAGACCGAGACUGCUGCUGUCACUGAGCGUGUUACGGCGCAGGGUCCGAAGGUCAUGCGUAUCAUAGGGCUUGACCAGCCCUUCAAUGAGAAGGAAAAAUAA